CCCAUUUUUCAAUUUUUUUUUCUUAUUCUCUCUUUGUCUGCCAUCCCCACUUUCAUUUGCUCAAUUUCUCAUUUUCUAGUCAAAAUGAGCUCAAUUACGGAUCCGAUAUAUGAAAUCUUGGAAGAUUAUAUGAUUGGAUGAUACUUUUGCUAAAAAAAGUGGAGCCUGAAGAUGGAAGUGAUGAUACAUCCUAUUCCUCUGGCGAAGAGGAAGGAGACGAUUCAGAUCCCCAAUCUUCCGACGACGAAGCUGAAAAUCGACGAACCCUACAAAAUCUGAAAUCCCCAAUCCCAGACCCCAAAUUCGAUCCGAAAUCGGCCUCCAGAGGUAACGAAUUGGAUUCCGACGCCGAUUCGAAACGAAUCCCUUCCAAUUACAUGAUGCAGCCGAUCCCCAAAGGCUCGGUUUCCUCAAUGAAGCGCAAUCGCAACGAGACUGAUGGGGAUUUGGUAAGGAGAUGUCAGAGAUCGAAAAUUGAAGAGAAGAAAUCCGUUUCCACGCCGCCUGGAGGGGGUGGGUUGGGGUGUAAUGCGGUCGACCUGAACGAGCCUAUGGCGGCCAAGAGGAAGGCGGAGGCAAAGGCGACGACGGCCAAUUCCCGAGCUCCAGCUUCGAUGCCCGAAAACGAGAUCGUCGCGAGCAUCGUCCAGUCGUUGGAUCUAAGGACGUUGUUGAACACCAUUAAGUACCUCUCCGUUUGCCAGAAUCCGCAAGAGAGAGAAAUCCUCGAGGGACUCAUGGACCAGCUCCACUGCCAAUUGGGAUACAAGUGAACUGGUUUUUAUCUUUAAUCUGGAGUACUAAACUUUUUUUAAUUAAAUUUAUAGGGCAAAAUUUAGGGAAGGUAGAGGCUAUGGAUAGAGAAGGGGAUGGUGAAGGAGUUGAUUUCUGGGCUUAGUAUUUCAAUAUUAAUGCAUCUUUCGAUAAUAUGAAAGCGAAGUUCCCAUCCCACGUUGCUCUCGUGGCUGAUAUGAGUUUGUUGAAGGAGAGGUUGAGUUUGAUUGGGAAUGUGAAGGCCAAGGAGUUGGAUGAUGAGUGGAAGCAGUUGUUUGUGGAGGAGAGUAAGCUGAGUUGCAUAUUUUGAUGUUGAUGAAGGAACAUUGUUCAAAUGGCUUUGGAUCAGUAAUAGGGUUGGAAAUGGCUAAGUUGGUACGACUUUUGUGCUUGAAUUUAUACCUUUUGAAGUUGAAUGUGAUGCUUUUGAUUUGAUUAGGGCAAUGUGGUUUUAGAGUAUUUGUUCAAAUUCUUGCUUAUAUUGAUGGUUAAUCUAUCAUUGUUUCUGUGGUGAAACUUUUUUUGUUGAUAUUUGAGUGUGCAACUUGCUGUUUAUAUAUAGGAGUGCCUAGAAUACUUGUGAAUGUUCCUACUUCAAAAGCUCGUAAAGUUCCCAUCGUAUUCAACUCUCCUCUACUUGCUUGGGAACACAUGUGGAUUUAGUAUUUUGUUUGCAGCAGCGUCUUAGUAUUGCUUUUGUUUGCAGCAGCGUCUUUGUAUAGCUUUUGGUCCACUGAAUCACUGCAUUGAUCGCGUUAUAAGAAUUUAUAUAUUCGUAGAUUUAUGUGCUGCAUUUGCAGAGAAGACAUCUUGCUUAGUUUAGAUAUAUGGCCUCAACUUUCUGCAAGCUCUUUGCUCUCACAGCACCUCUGUGCUUAGCAGAUCAUAUCGUUACUUCUCAAGUCUUUCGAUGAGAUUGUCAUUGGGUUGCAUCUUUAAAACACGACAGCCUUACUUUGUAUGCUGAGGAUGUUAGGUCGAUCCGAGUGAUAUCUCUUUUUUUGCAGAAUGCUUCUAUACUGCUAAACUAUGUGAGAGUUGUGCAGGUUAAAUUGUUCAUGACAAGUGUUUCUUUGAAUUUAUAGAUUAAUUGUAAGUUGCAACUUUGUCAAUUAUGUCAUAGAUUAAUUGUAAGUUAUGGUUUUUGCUCAAUAUCGAAAUUGAGUUGAAAAGUGAUGUAGAUGGAGGGGUGGUUUUAUUUUGUUUGUCUACAUACCUUGGCCAUAUCUGUAUAAUUUCUAUAGAUUUUCUUUUAAUCAUUUUUGUUGCAGAAUAGAUAUUUUUGUAUUGGUUCAAAUGACUCUGAAUUAUUACUAUAAGUCAAUUUGUUCAGGUUAUAUUUCUAUAAAUUUUCUUUUAAUCA